CUCUCUUCCUGCAAUUGUCUGAAGGCUGGAUUUUGUUUUUGUCUCCCUCCCAACAGCAGUUACUUGCUUGAAGUGUUGCAGCUUAUCUGUGUGCCCCAGAAGGGUGGGACUCAGAGAUCACAGGCUUUUUACAAUGAGCCAGAGCCAGCCUGCCGACUACAAGGAAAUUUGCUGAGCGUUUCAGCCAUGAGUGCCACAUGGGCUUUGCAAAAGGCAGUGAUUGCCGCGGUGGGACUGGGCUGGGUCCGGAGCGGCCACUUCCACUGCCGGGAGACAAGUGAGCAUCACCUCACCCUGGGAAAUCGCUGCUGGUGACUCUGCUGUCCUGUGUUGUGAACGGCAGGAGGAUGCAGUGCUGCUCCUGGACACUUGGGUGGCAGGUACUCAGUGCCCAGAGCUCCAGAGCUGGGAGUGAGCCUUGAGCCGAGCUCCGCUGGGAUGUGACCUGGGACCGCUCGCUUAAAGCCUUGUCACCCUGCACCUGGCCCCUCUGGGGCACACUGUGCUCACCCACGUGUUUCAUCUGGUUACUGCAAAGCCUGCGGGAGUCCAGGCUCAUUCUCUCCAAGGCUCAGAGUACACCCUUGUGCUCCCGAGGCAGAGUAAAAGGAAGGCACCAAUUUGUCUGGUUUGAUUUUUUUGCCCGGAGUGUUUGCAAUGGAUGAUGGAGCAGAGUCUCUGAUGACCGUGCAUCUCCUCACCCAUUUGGGACGCUCAAUCCCUCUGCAGCAAACUCUGGAUAGGCUUCUGGAGUGGCUCUGCCUGGACGUUCGCCUUUUCCUGGUGUCAGAGCGAGUUCCUCCGCUGAGAUACUACGAGAGAUACCGCAGGAGGAGCUGCAGCUUUCCUGGGAUCUCCAUCCUCCUUUUCCUGCACGAGGACUUGGGAGAAGAGCGGAUCUUCCAGGUGCACGAGCAGUUCCAGCGCCCUCCCUGGCGCUGCCAGCGUGCCCAGUUUGCCAGUUCCCGCUGUGCCCCGUCCCAGCAGGAAUUCUACGGGCUGGAGGAGCAGCUGCCCGUGUGGGGCAUCAGGCGGGUGCGCCGCGGCCCCGAGAUCCUGCGCGUCACCCUGCACUGCAGCUUCGACAACUUCGAGGACGCGGUGAGGCUGUACGAGCUGAUCCUGCGGAGGGAAGGCAGCGUGCAGAAGGGCGCCCUGUGUGUGUUCGUGCUGCGCUCCGGCCCACACGCGGCCGUGCAGCUGUGCCUGAAGCAGCUGCCCAUCGGGGUGGCGGCCGAGCCCCCCGAGUCGGCGGCCCUGCAGUUCACGGUGCAGGAGAUCGGGCAGCUGGUGCCCCUCCUGCCCAACCCUUGCGUGCCCAUCAGCAGCACCAGGUGGCAAACGCAGGACUAUGAAGGAAACACAAUUCUGCUCAAGGUUCAAAGCAGCUCCAGGACCCUCGAGACAAACAUCGGGCUUUCCCAGCAGCAUGGUAACACAGGCAGUGGAAGAAUCCCGCAGGACAGUGUGCCGGCCCCUCUCGCUGUAAAACAGGGCGAUCCUGGGCAGAGGAGCCGGGAGGUCACAGCUCCGAAGGGUAAAACCGAAUGUGCCCCAGGUGAGGCGUGCCUGGGCUCCGAGCGGGCGGGCAGUGCCCUCCAGAGGCCCCUGCGCUCUGCCCCCGGCGUGGCCGCCCCGCAGCAGGGCUGGGCAGCGCUGUGGCUGCGCGGGCGGGCGGGCCGGGCGCCGCGGGGAGCCGAGACCGACGUGGACACCGGGCUGGCCGUGCCGAGCCCUGAGAGCGGCCGCUGCCCGCUGAGCCUGUUCCCCGGGGCCCUGCGGAGCAGCCUCCGGCCGCUGACAGACCCGGGAGCCGGCACCGGCAAUGCCCUGCCCGGCCCGGCGCUGCGAGCCCCGGCCCGGAGCGACGGUGUAAACAGUUCCCAGGUUUAUCACCUCUGGUUUCUGGAAAUGGACAUUGAUUUUGGGAAGCAAGUGGAAGAGCAGCAUUCUGCCAGGCUCAGCAUCUCCCCUGCACUGAGUCCCACACACUCCUCCUGUCCUGGUGCUGCAGGGGAUGUGUCUGGCACACAGCCUGAGGCUGCCCAGGGCUGGCCAGCGGGGCUGUGUGACACGGAGCUGAGGCCGGGCCGGGGCCGGGCUCGCCCCCCGCGCCGCUCCGGCGCUGCCCUGGGCGGGCCCGCGGCGCGGGGCGAGGGGCGGGCGGGCGGGCGGGGCGGCCCGGGCCCUAUAAAUGGCGGGCGGCGCCGCCGCGCUCCGGCCGAGCGGCGCGGGGCGAGGGGCAGCAGCGGCGCGGAGGCGGAGAGCGGCGGGCGAGCGCCGGGUGCGUGGGCGCUGUGCCGGGAGCGGGGCUUCGGGCGCGCCGAGUUUCUCCCAAGAUAA